AUGGCAGCUGAGAGAAAGAACCAUGACUUCAGGGCUGGUAAUCGACGGCCGCCCAUGGAGCCAGCCUCAUCCAUUCUCGCGGCACAUUUCGCCCCUCUGGCACCGCAAGGACAUAAAGGGCAUCAGCGGCUCCCUCGGGAGACAUUCUCGCAACUUCGCCAGGAACUUUUAGGAGAAAGGCAAAGUCAGAUGCGCGUCGAUGAAGGCAUCACGGACAUCAAUAAACUCAUCUGCAUUGUUCUCAAGGCCGGCCUGGAAGUGGAUCUGAGUAGUCAUACACCAGAAAACGAUCUCCAGGGCCAAAUCUUGGAUUGUCUGGAUAUUAUCCAGGCAAGCAUUGAGAAAGCCCCACAGGCGCUAUGGGAUAUUUCGGACCCACUGAUUUUGGGGGAAGAUGCCCAAGCACCAUUAUUUGCAUGGCUGAUCCUACGAUUGAUUAAACUGGCUAGCAUCUGGUCCUCAGAGAUCGUUCAGCAAAGAACGCAUUUGAUAUUAAGCAGUAUGGCUAGUCUCCAAUCCAGACAAGCUCGCUCGUCACCCUUAUGCUAUGGCGUUUCGGCCUUUCUUCGUGCUUGUACAUCGGACAUUUUAUGCGCCUUGGAAGGAUCCAAGAGUGGGGACUUGCGAGGUCCCCCUACCCCAAACCUAACCAUACCCGCAAUCAAUGGGUCACUGGGAGUAGACCUCGAUAACCUAGCUCUUCCUCGUGGUCUCUUAAGGGAAGCCAUAUCCCUGGGGUCCUUUCCCCAGGCAAUCAAUCUUGUUUCUCUCAUGUUAGAUUCAUUUAGCCCUCAAGCCCUAAUUGAUGGUCUUUCAAUGCGACGAAGCUUCAUCCUCCGCCAGAAUCUUCCGUGGGUUUCAAAUGGCUACAAUCGUCUACGUAAAGUGGUGAUCGGAUGGAUACAGAGAGCUGGGUCGACACUUACUUCAAAUGAUCAGCAGGUCGUUUUACAAUUCAUGGCAUAUACACACCGAUUUUGUGUGUCUGACAUGUUUGGAUCGGCUCUGCGUUCUGACAUAUCCUUGGCCUCGCUCUGGGCUCAAUGUCUAAGUGACAUGCUCCAACUCAGUAUUCGGAGUCAAUUGUCAGUCAUUCAGACUGAUCUGACCCAUUUCCUGGAGGAAGCGCUACAGGGGGCAGUGGUUUCGAAAACCUUCGCCCAGCAAUUGAGUGAGACCCUUUUAUCCACUUUCGAGGAAAUCAAAGACAAGGAUGGCAAACUUUUGCCUAUGGAGUCUGGUCUAUCGACGUCAAUUCUGUCUCUCGAGGGGAUGCUGCUUGAUACAUCAGCGUUAUCUGAGGAUCGUUCUCAGGCUCUGAUUAGUCUCGCAGCAAAUGAUGUCGAGGCUGACGUUCAAAAACCUGGCAUUAUGUCCCAUGACAUGGAACAGAGCUUGAGUACACGAGCCUCAAAACGCAUGUGUCUGCCUGUUCAACCUACGAUUCAAGGCUUGUUGCCUCUUCUUAUGAAAAGGCUGUCGGCACUACUAAAGUGUGAUGAUGACAGUGGAUUGGCAGGUCUACGCACUGCGUUGGAAGGAUCGUACGAUGGACUUCCUGAGCAUGAAAGGUCUGAAGUACUGGCCAGUAUCGGGCAGCUCUCCUGUGCCAUCACCGGAAACCUUGAACAGAAGGCCUCGAACUUUUUGGGGCGAGAUACAAUCCUCUGUAAAAGGUGUGAUCUCGAAACCCAUAAUUCUGGGAAUGGGAUCGAGAAGAACAUGACCGAAUUCGAAGAAUUGUGGGCAAUUUUCAAUUCAAUUCUACCCAAGCUCACGCGCACGUCUGGCCCACGCAUAGCUGCUAUGGUCGCACUGAGAAGAAUUUUGAUGCACUCGCCUUUUCUAGAUCAAAUGCAUCUAUCGUCGUCCGCAUCUGGACAAUUUUGCCUCCACGCUCUUCGAAGCUCCAAUCGAGAACUUCGCGUUGCGACCGGUCAUUCAGUCGUCGGAUUUGUGCGUUCCAAUCAGCAGCCAGAUAUUCGUCGAGCCAACUUUGUUAUCAUACUUGAAUGGCUAAAGAAUAUGUCCGAGAAAAACGAAAUGCCUUUACAUGAGGCAUGUGUCUUGACAUUGAGCUGUCUCGCAAAGGUAUCCGAUGAGGAGGAGAAAAAUAUCAUACUUUUGCGUCUUGUGGAGUAUCUCGGUCAUCCGAAUCCAUACAUAUGUGCAGUUGCAUACGACGAGUUGUACAAGCUCGGUACUGAGUAUAGCAUGUCGCCUGCUGGCUUAUUUCGGCCGUAUUGGAGAACACUGUCAGUUGCAGUCGUCAAAAACCUCCAAACUCGCCCAUAUAUGGCUGAACAGCUCUGCGAAAUGCUUGGCAUGAAAGUUGACAGCUUUUUGCGGUUAACGGAAGUCCAUGUUCUUCCUUACUUGGUCCUAACAAGAAAAAGAGACAUCAUUUGCAGAAUUGGGGCAAGUCGCGAUGAAGCGGAAUCGCCUUUCGAUGUAUGUUCUGAGAAAAACAAUCUUGCGGCAAUUCUCGCAUUUCUGCUCGCCCAAGAUCAUAGCAACCCAGAAGCCAUGAUCAUGUCUCUACUGGCAGAUAUAGAUCCUGCUUUCAAAGGACGGUCCUUGUCGGAGUUAGUCCGGAUCGAGCCAAUCUUGAUUGCAUGUGAUUUAUUGAAAAGCCUUGGAGAUGCCGGUGAGCAAAAUAAGGAAAGGUUUCAUCAAGCACUUACUCGCCUAGCCAGCUUCGUCCCAAGGAAGUCCACACAUGGAAGUUCCUCUAAAAGGGCGAACUUGCUAAGCCAUUUCAUUGAAGAACAUGUUCUCGGAAUAAUCACCCAAUUUUCAAACGCAAUCAAUGACUUCGAAGUGCGGCAAACGCUGGCUGAGAAGAGGCGAAACCUGAAGGCAAUCGAAGAGAUGAUCAGUAUUGCUCGGGGUCAUGUCAGUAAUGCAUUGCCUCAGGUCUGUGCUUGCCUCCGCUCUGCCCUCGACAUCGAGGAAUUGUGCGGCCAAGCAUUCUCGGCUUGGACGACCUUGAUCAGCUCUCUCAGCGCCGAAGACAUCGAGCCUCUCAUCGACCAGACAUUGGCAAUUGUAAUAAGGUAUUGGGAUAGAUUGGCUGAUGAAAGCAGGAAACAUGCCUAUCAGUUAAUCGAUCAUAUAUUGAAAAAUCAUCCAAACCUCGUGCGAGAAACCUUCAAUACGAUGCCAUCCCUAGCCUGCAUACCCGAGAUGGCCGCAUUUGAAGCUCAAAUUAACGAACUGCGAGCAGAUAUGGAUGUCCGAAGUCGGUUGCUUGCCUUGAUCCGCCGCUGCCAGAGUGAGAAUGGGACGGUUGCCGAGCAAGCUUUGACCGAGUUACUUCCCUUCCUGUCCAAAAACGAGGAGUUUUUGCAUGUCUCUGCUCUCAGCGAACAGCCGGAUCCUGUGAUCGCACAGCUCACGAGAGCAUUGUUGGACUGCUGUGUCAAGUUCAAUACCAGUUCAGAUCGCAUCACAUUACUCGCAGCACGAUGUCUAGGACUUGUCGGCUGUUUGGACCCGAAUCGAGUAGAGACAAUCAAGGAAAAGAAGGAUAUCCUCGUUCUCUCAAAUUUUGAUCGAAUGGAGGAAAUCGUGGAUUUCACGCUUUUCUUUCUUCAGCAUGUGCUUGUCGAUGCAUUUUUGUCCGCCUCUAACACCAGAGCCCAGGGGUUCUUGGCAUAUGCCAUGCAGGGCCUUCUCAAAAUCUGCACAUUAGAUACUGCUGUUCUUCAGCGGUCUCGUGAUCUUCAGGAUGAUGAGAAAUACCGGCGAUGGAUGGAACUUCCUGAAGGCACCCGAAACACAUUGACGCCAUUCCUUACAUCAUCAUACACGGUUACCCUCGUCGUGACAAAUCCAACUGUGGAAUAUCCUUUGUUUUCCCCGGAAAAGACCCAUAGCGAGUGGCUUCGGACCUUGGUACAGGACCUGCUUCAAGUCGAAAGGGAAGACAACGCAAAGCUCGUUUUUUCAUUCUGCAGUCGUGUGGUGAAAGGUCAAGAUAUUUCUAUCUCCUCUUUUCUCUUGCCGUUCGCGAUGCUGUAUCGAAUUGUCGGAGGUACCGUGCAAGAACACAAAGACGUUCAGCUGGAACUAAUAACGGUUCUGUCGCAUCCUCUUCCUGACACGAAUAACAAUGCUCGUGAAACGAUCAUUUCCUGUAGCCAGAGCGUUUUCGAAGUUUUGGACUACUUGUCACGAUGGCUUCAGGGAAAGAAGAAGCAGCUCAAUGGCUUGGGUCAUCAGUCUCACCAGUCGAGCCGUUCUAACCGAGAUUCUAACCGAGACUUACUCUUCGACAAAUUCACAUCUCAGAUCAAGUCUGCCGAGACCCUUUUAGCUGCAAUCCCACCCGAAAUCAUUUCCAAACGCGCGGUGGAAUGCAAAUCUUAUUCUCGGGCUCUGUUUCAUUGGGAGCAGUAUAUUAGGCGAUGUAAUUCGCAACUGGACUCCACGGAAGGCUCGGGCUCGGAUCUGCUUUAUCAGAGGCUGCAAGACAUUUACAGCCAAAUUGAUGAGCCGGACGGAAUAGAAGGUAUAUCCAGCCAUUUGUCCGCACUCAAUGUCGAUCAACAGGUUUUGGAGCACCGAAAAGCGGGGAGGUGGGCUACCGCACAAAGUUGGUAUGAGCUUCAGCUCGAAAAAGAACCCGAUAAUUUUGAGGCCCAGUGGAAUCUUGUGACUUGCCUGAAGGAAUCCGGCCAACAAGAUGCCAUUCUCACUCGUUUCGAAGCUCUCAAAGAUAAAGAUGCUGCGACUUCGCGGUUCCUGCCAUUCGCAGUGGAAGCAUCGUGGAUCACAGGCAGAUGGUCUAAGCUCAAGAGCUACCUAGAAUUAUGUGCUGAGCAAGGAACUGGUGAUUUCAACGUGGGCAUUGGAUCGGCUCUCUUCGCUCUUCGAGGGCUACAUGAAAGUAAUGAUGCUUCGUUUGAGGAGAAAUCAAAGGUCUUUACAACGACCAUCAACAAUCUCAGGCUCAAUGUUGCAAGGUCCUUGACGGCGAAUUCCGUCACUUCGUUGCAAUCGUGCCAUGAUGAUAUGCUCCGGUUACAUGCCUUGGCAGAUGUGGAAGCGAUAGCAAAUGCAAGAACUAAAGAAUCUUUGUAUCCGGACUUGCCUUCUGCUCUCAAACGACGGUUGGAUGUCUUGGGUGGUUACAUUGCCGAGAAACAGUACUUGUUGGGCAUCAGAAGAGCUGCCAUGGAGCUAGCGGGUGGCUUUGGGGAUUCCGAUAUCUCUGCUGCUUGGCUCACCAGUGCCCAUCUCUCGCGCAAGGGCAAAUUCACCAGCCAGGCAUAUCAUUCAAUGCUCAAUGCAGCUAGGCUCAAAGAUCGAUCAGCUACCAUUGAACAUGCAAAACUACUUUGGCAGGAUGGACACCAUCGAAAGGCGAUCCAGACCCUCGAAGGCGCUAUUUCCAUGAACGAGACCAUUCCAGUAGCGUCCAAUGUGAUUGACCUCGAAUCAGCCUCCUUUGCCUCCAAUCGUGGCCAAAAGCAAAAUGAUGUUCCUGCCAGGGCUCAUCUUAUGUUGGCAAAGUGGACUGAUAGAGCUGGUCAGACUCACUCCCAGGCCAUUGUCCAACGAUAUCGAGAAGCCAUUAAGCUGUAUCCACGGUGGGAGAAAGCUCAUUACUACCUAGGGAAGCACUACAACAAGAUUCUUGACUCUGAAAAAGCUAAGCCGAUGGGAAAAGAGGCUCAGAUAUAUUUAAGCGGAGAGGCUACCAAGCUAGUGAUUGACAACUACCUUCGCUCUCUAACCUAUGGCAGCAAAUACGUUUUCCAGACCUUACCAAAGCUUCUCACUCUUUGGCUGGAACAUGCUUCCAUCGUUGGCCAGCCCAUUGAUCCAAAAAGAGGAGAUAAUGAGUUAGUGAUCAUUCGUACAAGACAUAUCCAGCAAGCUGACAUGGCAAUCCAAACCACUAGGGAAUUCCAGCGACACACGAAAGCACAACGAAAGAAAAGCCUAGAUGAGAUGCAUGCCCAGUUGAAGAAAUACAUCUCAACCCGUCUGCAGCCUGCUUUGCUAUUUACAAUUCUGCCCCAAGUGGUGGCUCGCAUCUGUCACGCCAACAGCACGGUCUACGACCUGUUAACUAGAAUUGUGACCAAGGCUGUCCAUUACUUCCCUCAGCAAGGUCUAUGGACAGUUCUCGCCGUUGUCAAAUCAUCGAAUAAAGACCGAGCGUCAAAAGGUUACAACAUUCUUCAGAAGAUCACGGACGUCACGACUAAGCACAAAGUGGAUGUUUCAUCUCCUGACAUUCGUCGCAUGAUAACUUCAGGUCAGAAAUUCACAGAGGAGCUGCUCCAGCUAUGCCUCGCGCCUGUCGAGGAUAGAACCAGUAAGGUCCAGCUUGCUCGCAGUCUUGGGUUUAACCACAAGGUCGCGCCUUGUCGACUUGUCGUACCGUUUCAGGCUAUGUUGAUUCCAAGUCUCCCCGCAACCCAUGAUGCGGAAUACUUGAAAGGGUUCAGGGCCUUCCCCCGAGAUCCGACGACAAUUGAAGCCGUUCUGGAUGAGGCUCUUAUCUUGAACUCGCUUCAAAAGCCUCGCAAGAUUAGCAUUCGAGGCUCUGACGGGAAAAUCUAUAAUGCACUUUGCAAGCCCAAAGACGAUCUUCGAAAGGACCAGCGUCUCAUGGAAUUCAAUAACAUGAUCAACCGGUUCUUGAAACGCGAUGUCGAGGCUAGCAAACGAAGGAUGUACAUCAAAACCUACGCAGUGACACCGUUAAAUGAAGAAUGUGGUUUAAUCGAAUGGGUGGACAAUCUACGUACACUGAGAGAUAUUGUGGUCAAGCUACUUCGCGAACGAGGAGUUCAACCGAAUUACACUGAUAUCAAGAAUCAUCUCAACGAGAUUUGUGCAGACAAAGAUUUUAAGAAAGUGUCUUUGUUUACUACUAAGAUUCUGGCCAAACUUCCUCCCGUUCUUCAUGAGUGGUUUAUCGAGAUGUUUCCGGAGACGGAGGCCUGGUUUACAGCAAGAUUGCGGUACACAAGAUCUUCGGCGGUGAUGUCCAUGGUUGGAUACGUUCUAGGGCUUGGAGAUCGACAUGGAGAGAACCUGUCCUUUGAAGAAGGUACAGGAGGUAUCUUGCAUGUUGACUUCAAUUGUCUAUUCGACAAGGGUCAAACAUUUGAGAAGCCCGAAGUGGUUCCAUUCCGGUUGACGAAUAACAUGGUCGAUGCCUUCGGCGCUUAUGGAUACAACGGUCCCUUCCGGCGCACCUGCGAAAUCACCCUCAGUCUACUGCGACAGAACGAGGAUUCAUUAAUGACCAUCUUAGAGACUUUCCUUUAUGACCCAACCACUGACUUCAUCGGGAAAAGACGUCGCAAUCCUGCGAAUGUUCCUGAUACCCCGGCCGGCGUCCUGGAGGACGUUCGCAACAAGCUCCGGGGUUUCAUGUCUAAACAACCCAUUGCCCUGUCCGUGGAUGGACAGGUGGAUGAGUUGAUCAUACAGGCAACCGAUAAGAAGAAUCUGGCGGCCAUGUACAUUGGAUGGUGCGCCUUCUUUUGA